UUUGCAGUAUAUCACCAUGGCUGCUGCGACAAAUCGCUUCAGAGCUCUAUACUCGUCCUCAAGGGUCGCUACUCCUCAAGCGGGCAGCGCAUCCUAUCUCAGUUAUCGGGGCUAUGCUACUACGGAUCCCUCAUCCGCCACUGGCGGAGCUUCGACAGCUGGCAAGAGACGGACAACAUUCACGGACAAGCUCAACGCGGGACCUUCUUUUGGAGACUUUGUCUCUGGGGGAAGAGACAAUGCUCCCCUCGAUCCUUCCGAAGCUUAUGCUCUUAAGACCGCCCUAGUUGGGCCGGCUGGCCGCAAGAAGGAAAUGACUCGGUUACCAUCGUGGCUGAAAACGCCGAUUCCCGAUUCGAAGAACUACCAGCGCCUCAAAAAAGAUCUUCGUGGGCUCAAUUUGCAUACUGUAUGUGAGGAAGCCCGGUGUCCCAAUAUUUCCGACUGCUGGGGUGGUGGUGACAAGGCUGCUGCUACUGCGACAAUCAUGCUGAUGGGUGACACUUGCACACGAGGUUGUCGGUUCUGCAGCGUGAAGACUUCACGCGCGCCGCCGCCGCUUGAUCCGCAUGAGCCGGAGAAUACCGCGGAGGCUAUUUCGCGAUGGGGACUGGGAUAUGUGGUGCUGACGAGUGUCGACCGCGACGACCUAGCCGACGGUGGUGCUCGCCACUUCGCGGAGACGGUCAUCAAAAUCAAACAGAAGGCGCCUAAUAUUUUGGUGGAAUGCUUGACAGGUGAUUAUGCGGGAGACUUGGAAAUGGUCGGUGUCGUGGCCCGAUCAGGUCUAGAUGUCUACGCGCAUAAUGUCGAGACUGUUGAGGCCCUAACACCACACGUCCGCGACCGUCGAGCUACCUUCCAGCAGUCCCUCCGUGUGCUUGAAGCUGCAAAGAAAGCCAAGCCAUCGCUUAUCACAAAGACCUCUCUUAUGUUGGGACUUGGGGAGACCGAAGAACAGCUCUGGGAUGCGCUCCGCCAACUCCGCGCUGUCAAUGUUGAUGUUGUGACGUUUGGUCAGUAUAUGCGCCCAACAAAGCGUCACAUGGCCGUGCACGAAUAUGUUACCCCUGACCGAUUUGAACUCUGGCGGCAGCGUGCUCUUGACAUGGGCUUCCUCUACUGUGCUUCCGGUCCGUUGGUCAGGAGUAGUUACAAAGCAGGCGAGGCGUUUAUUGAGAACGUCCUGAAGAAAAGAAGGUCUGGCGCCCCGGAAGUCAGCCAUAACACGGUCCCAGUUGAUGAGGCGACGCGGUAACAUCCUUCAUUUCAUUCAUCUUUUUAUUUCAACAUCUUUCAUGGCGCAGGGUUAGAAAACUGUUGGUUGGUCUUAAUUGCGAGAAGAUUCUUUAUCAUUUGAGGCGUCCUGUAUUGGUUGGAAACUAAGUGUAUUAUGGACAUACAAUGGAACAAUUCAACAU